UGGCAGCUGAGCAGCUCCUGGGAGCUGGGGCAGGAUGACCUGGGCAGGGGAGCUUGGGCUGAGCUCUCCCAGGCGGAGGCUGGCAGUGGAGGACCUCAUGGGGCAGGCCCCGCUCUCCAGAACUCAGGCAGCCAGCACUGAGGGUGGCCAGGCAGGAGUCCCCAAAAUGGCCCCCAGCUUCAGAGGCCUUUAGAGGAGGAACAAUAAGCUGGCGUGACCUGGAAGAGACCGUAGGUCAAGGUGGGGAACACCGAGGAGAGCUGUGGGAUAGGGUUGCAGAUAAAUCUAAGGGUGACAAGCCCAGGAUCUUACUGCCCAGAAACUCCCACCCUGAAAGUGGAGCUCCGACAAGGGACAGCCAAGAGGACCAAGACCUCCAGGACUUUGCUGGGAACAGGCCCUGUCGGCUGACCUCAGUGCCCUGGGUAGGCCUGCAUGGACAUCCCCGUCAGCAGCAGAGACUUCCACUGCCUGCAGCUGGCAUGCGUGGCCCUUGGCCUGGUGGCCGGCAGCAUCAUCAUCGGUGUCUCCGUGACCAAAGCUGUGGCUGCUCUGGGUGGUAUCUUUAUUGGCGCUGCUGGUCUGGGGCUCCUGAUGUUGGCCUACCCCUUCCUGAAGGCUCGGUUCAACCUGGAACACCUCCUGCCCAACUUAGGGAACCUGAGAGUCCACCCCCAUCCAGCGCCAGACCAGGGGGAGGGAAGAUCCAACGCCAAUGGCAAUAAAGAGGGAGUCCGAAGCAGCCUGGCCACUGUGAGCAGAACCUUGGAGAAGCUGAAGCCAGGGGCCCGGGGGACUGGGGAGAGCUGAGGGGCUGCCCCCUGCCCUGUGCCCCCCGCCCUCCACCCCCUUCCUGCCUGCCAUCCGGAUUUCAGAGCCCUCCUGGGUCUAAACCAGAAAUAAACCACGUGCUGGAGAUGUCAGACCUGCAUUCACCUGGCCACGGCUCUUGGCUACGAGAUCCACAGAGUGGGAGUCUGAAGGUCUGAAACAAGAUGUUGCUGGAAGCCCUACAGGGGGUCUUUGUUUUAGGCUCUUGACCUGGAUUUUCUCUCUGGACUUCAGCUCAACUUCGUUCCAUUUUGUAUCUACUGACUGGUUUCUGUGGAAUUUAAGGUCCAGGAAUACCCCAGUCUCUUGCUUCAGCCUGGCCACAGAAGUGAACCACAGGCCCACAGGAACCACAGACAGGGUCCUGGCUGGGCCCUGGGCCUGUAGAGCUCACUGGCUGAAUAGAGGGUCUGGAUCAGACUCUUUUGGGGAUAUUAAAACUCUGGGCAACUCCUCAGGGACCUUAGCAGCAGUGAACCAGAGGGGAAGUUGGGGGUGAGGGGGGUAGAGGGAUCCUAAACAAAGUGGUCACUGUCAUGAUGGGAGGCUUCCAGGAGAAGGUGGCUCAUCCCCUGAGACUCUUGGUAUUUGACUCCAGUCAAGACAUGCAGCCUCCUUCUUCUUCCCUCCUCUCACUGUUCCUGAACACUCCAGUCUCCAAGCCCUGGCUGAUGUUCUCCUGGAGGCCCCUCUGCUCUGCUCUGCCUUUCGAACCCCCCACCUUUAAAGGCUUAGUUCCAAGAAUCCUUAACCAUAGCUUCCCCCCUGGUCCUCCCACCAGCUUGUGUCUCCCUCUCUCGAUAAUCAUCAGGCAGGUUGAAGUCUUAUUUUUCAUAAAAAUAAUUAUUAAUCCUAUUUAAACCCACUGUAUGUUGCCAUUUUCCUGUCACCAUCAAGUCCCAAGGUGCUCAGAAAAGGUUAAUGGCUUAAUUGUAAUAGACAAACCAUCUCCCAGGCUUUCCCUAGAGAUCCGUCUCAAGGCCUCCUGUACCUACAAGCUUGGGGCGAGGAGGACCUGGCCCAGGUGCAUAUGGCUAUGCAGAACACAUUACUCCUCCUUCCAUGCCACUCUUCAUACACAUGCACCUUCAUGGUCUUUUCAGAGACAUCUGUUUGUGGCCUCUGAACUGGUCUGGUGAGCAAAAAGACAAAGCUAGGGAGACUCUCAUUCUGAAAGGAUCUGUGCAGGUGGCACCUCCUCUUGGAAGCCUCCACUGAUUUUGCUGUGCUUCCAUCACCCCAGGGCUCCCUCCACCAUAGCCCACAUCACUCUGAAUGGCCCUUGUCUAUUUCCCCUCUUGAGGGUAGAGGUGGGGAGAGCUAGGCAUAAAGAAAAUACCCAGUGGAGGUUGGAAAACCCAACCCAAAGUGGGAGAGACCAUCUCACUGUACAGAUGGGAAGGCUGAGACUCUGAAGGAAAAGGACUCCUCAAGUCCCAAGGUGGGAGAUUGGAGCAUGCCUUGCACCCGGGUCUCCUCUCUCUCCCUGCCCAAGAACUAUUUUCUGCACCUGCCACAAGGACCAGCUCCCUGACCACAGAGGGACAGAGCUCUGUAAUGGGGCUCAAUUUCAUAUACUCUGGCCCAUAGUGAAGUGUUUCAUUCUUCCAGCCUGGGGGAGCCAACUCCCCUCCUUGCCUUUUCCUCCUCCCUUUCUCAUUCCUGUUCCUGCUCCUGUUACUGCCUCUUCUCUUUUUCUCCUCCUCUUCUCAAAACCUCAUUAUCAUCAAUAGUACUUCGGUGUGGUGGCCCCUCCUUGAUCAAUAAGGAACCCUUCCUCCUGUCUGUCUUCAGUCCUCACCUGCAGCACCCCCAAAAGUGCCCAAGGCUGGAGGGGGUGGGAGUGGAGCAAGUGGAGCCUGAGCUCUCCCACACAGGGCGGCCCACCGUCUACCCUUCCCAGCCAUGAUCUCCCCGAGGGCUGACAGGGCAAGGCACAGGGCAGUGUUGGGGAUCAGAGUGGAAUAAAUUAAGGAAUGAACACAUAGAAAGGCACUGGAGCCCUAGCCGGUUUGGCUCAGUGGAUAGAGUGUCAGCCUGCAGACUGAAGGA